UGGACAAUCGAUUGUUGAUAUACAACGUACAUGGCAAAAAAAAGAUCAAGUUUUAGUUGAACGUAUUUUACAAUAUACAAAUGUAAGGGAUGAACAAAUUAAAACAAAAUUACGUUAUGAAACACAUCGAAAAAUACAUCAAGAUUUUUUAGCAAAUAUCAAAACUACGAAAGUAUCCCAAAACGUUGAUAAAAAAUUAGUUAAACCUCAUCAUGGAUUGAUUAUGUACGGGCCACCAGGAACUGGUACAAAAACACCUCAUGCAGAAAAAUGGGCUAUCACUAUUACAUCCGAUCCAUUUUUAUUACGUCAAUUUUGUUCCGAUGUUAAUUUUACACUAACUAAAAAAGAAGAAGAUGAUGAAGAAGAAGAACGAAGAAAAAGCGAAGACAAGAUAAAAUGUGUAAAAUGUAAAGGUUAUUAUAUUGUUAAUGAUAAUAAAAUGGGUUCAUGUAAUCAUCAUGAUGAAUUUGUUUAUGAUAAUUUAUCACCUGGUUUAAAAAUGUAUACACAAUUAAUGGCAAUCGAACAAUUAAAUUUAGCUGAAUAUAAAUCAAUUAGUAUGAAUUAUAAUCAAGAACAACGUGAACAAUAUGAACGAACAAAAAUAAGAUUUAUGUUGUGA